CGCAGCGUGCCCGAGCACUCUUCACAUUUCAUCCACUCUAAAUCACGCUUUAUCCCGAAAAUAGGCAUCUGUUUACGUGUCAUCGAUUUAUUUAUUUAUUUUAUAUGUUUUUUCCCCUCCAGAAGUAAAUCUGACCCACACAGCUCUUAUGAAAUAACGGAUUCAUCUUUUUUCCAUCCUCUUUCCGCUGGAGACGAAGAACCACAGUGUUUCAGCUUUCUCGGCGUGCCUUUUUACCUCACCGGCAUCCUGUAAUCACGAAGAGGAUGUGAGCGGCGAUUAUUGUUCAUUUUUCGCAUUAAAUUCCGCAGUCUUAUCUUUUGGGAACGUCGACGAGGUGGAUGCCAGCGCGCGUAACCGAUUAAUAGCGCGCGUGUUUCCCGUGGCGCUGUCAUUUACUUUCGCCAGUCGCGUCGGUGCUUAAUGCCGGCGGAGGUGCGAGGAGGAGACCGGCUCUGAAGGUUUCAUACUCGUCCUCCUCAUCUGUCACGGCUUUAUUUCUCCGCCUGGACCAAUUUAGAGAAAACAUCUGCAUUGAAUUGGCAAGAAAUGACUGGUGAGGCUUCUCUGACUGACACUACUUCAGCUGUUUCUUGAUGAUACGGUCACGCGAGGUGGGAGAUUUGGACUGCACGUACUGCCUUCAACUGUUCGCCGCCUAAAGAGCUGGAUAUGUGCAGACUAACGUGAAGAUGGAUAUUAUCUGGGCUCUCCUGUGGUUAUUGGCCGCACUGUUUGAAGGUGUUUUUUGCCAGGGAGUUUACGCUCCACCAACCGUUCAGAUCAUCCACUCCGGUCACGCAUGCAACAUUGAGGAGGAGCGCUACACAGAGAGGGUCUACACCAUCCGCGAGGGGGAGACAUUGGAGCUGACCUGCCUGGUGUCAGGACAUCCACGGCCACAGAUUCGAUGGACCAAGACGGCAGGAAGUGCUACUGACCGCUUCCAGGACUCAAGCGUAUUCAACGAGACGCUGCGCAUAACCCGCAUCCAGAGGCACCAGGGGGGCCGCUAUUACUGUAAAGCAGAGAAUGGCCUCGGCACUCCUGCCAUCAAAUCCAUCCGAGUGGAUGUGUACUAUUUAGAUGACCCCAUUGUGACUGUCCAUCAGAGUAUAGGAGAAGCCAAGGAGCAGUUUUACUAUGAAAGGACUGUGUUCCUGCGGUGUGCUGCCAAUUCAAACCCUCCAGUGCGGUACAGCUGGAGACGGGGCAGAGAGUUCCUCUACCAGGGCUCAGACAAGGGUGUGGAGAUCUAUGAGCCGUUCUUCACCCAGGGGGAGACCAAAAUCCUGAAGCUGAAGAAUCUGCGUCCUCAGGACUAUGCCAAUUACACCUGUACUGCCUCCGUCCGCAGUGUCUGUGGCAUCCCUGACAAGAGUGUGCUGUUCCAGCUCACCAACAAAACCGCCUCCCCGACUAUUAAGCUGCUCGUGGAAGAUCCCAUCGUGGCCAAUCCUGGGCAAACAGUGACCCUGGUGUGCAUCAUCUCUGGAGGCGAGCCCAGCCCGACCCUCUCAUGGGUCAGGAACACAGAAGAGCUUCCAAAGAAGAGCGUCCUCAAUGGUGGAACCCUCACUAUUCCUGCCAUCAGCACAGAUGAUGCUGGUGUUUACAGCUGUGUAGCCAGCAACAACGUGGGUAAUCCUGCGAAGAAAUCCACCAACAUUGUUGUCAGAGCUCUGAAGAAGGGCCGCUUCUGGAUCACUCCUGACCCCUAUCAUAAUGACGACAACAUCCAGAUCGGCCGCGAGGUGAAGAUCUCGUGUCAGGUGGAGGCCACACCGCCCGAGGAGCUCAUGUUCAGCUGGUUGAAGAACGGCCGUGCUCUGCGCAGCUCAGAGCGCAUGGUCAUAACCCAGACUGACCCAGACGUCGCCCCAGGAACCACAAACCUAGACAUCAUUGACCUCAAGUUUACUGACUUUGGCACAUACACCUGUGUGGCCUCGCUGAAGAACGGUGGGAUACCAGAGAUUAGCAUAGACGUCAACAUCUCCUCCACCACGGUUCCACCCAACCUGACCGUCCCCAGAGGAAAGUCCCCUUUGGUCACUCAGGAGGGUGACACUGUAGAGCUCCAGUGCCUGGUCUCCGGCAAACCCAAACCCAUCAUCAUCUGGUCUCGUGCUGAUAAAGAAGCGCCCAUGCCAGAUGGCAACAUGCAGACCGAAAGCUACGACGGAGUUCUGCGCAUCGUCAAUGUCUCUCGCGAGAUGACAGGCACAUACCGCUGCCAAACCAGCCAGUACAACGGCUUCAACGUCAAACCCAGAGAGGCCAUCGUGGAGCUCAUAGUGCAAUAUCCUCCUGCGGUGGAGCCGGUGUAUACAGAGAUCAGGCAGGGUCUUGGCCGGCCGUUCUCUCUGAGCUGCAGGGUCUUGCGUGCCCAUCCGUCAAGAGUACUGAAGUAUGAAUGGAAACUGGGCACCAGACUGCUAACAAUGGGCCAGUUCGAUACUCGGGAUGAAACGGAGUACCAUGUAAGGGCACUCAACCGCGAGGGCUAUGGCGCGUACACUUGUGACAUCACCAACGAAGCAGGGGCUGGUCGAUGUACAUUUCUUGUCACAGGUAAAGCGUUUGCUCCUGAGUUCUUUUAUGAUACCUACAGCGCUCUGUGGCAGAACAAACCUCGUGUCUACGGCUUUAAACUCCAGUGGACUCAGAUGAAUCCCAAUUCGGUCGACCGUAUCAUGGCUUAUCGACUUGGUAUCAAGCAGAUGGGCCAUCAGAGAUGGUGGGAGCAGGAGAUCCCUAUUGAGGACAACAUCCAGAAAGGAGAGCUGCUCAGCUACAACCUCACCGAACUAAUCAAACCCGAGGCCUAUCAGGUGCGCCUCACACCCAUUACACGCUUCGGAGAGGGCGAUUCCACAGAACGGAUCAUCCGCUACAGUGCACCGGUGAAUCCUCAUUGGAGUAAGUUUCACUGCGGGUUUGAAGAGGACACCAUCUGUAUGUUCACCCAAGAUAAAACUGAAGAAUUUGAUUGGACAAGACACAGCGCCGCCACCAGGGACACUAAAUAUACACCCAACACUGGACCCAGCAGCGACCGCUCUGGCUCCAAACAAGGUUUCUACAUGUACAUUGAGACCUCACGACCACGUCUGGAGGGAGACAAGGCUCGUCUGUUGACCCCAUCUUUCAAUGUUGCUCCGAAAAAUCCCUACGGAAAUGUGGCCAGCAACCCAACAUACUGCUUCAGCUUCUACUACCACAUGUACGGGAAACAUAUAGGAACGUUAAAUGUGUAUUUGAGGCAGAAGAGUCAGACAGGUCAGGAUACAUCAGUGUGGACCCUGAGUGGAAACCAAGGAGACCGAUGGAGGCAAGCCAGAGUCAACAUCAACCCCACAUCCUCUUUCCAGAUUGUUAUGGAGGGAAUACGUGGUUCUGGCAUUGAAGGGGACAUUGCAGUAGAUGAUGUGACCAUAGAGGAAGGAGAGUGUCGAGAUCCUCCACCCAGUAGUAAUAUAAGAUCCCUGGCUUCUCCCCCUGAAGUGCAUAUAUGGCAGCUCGCUCUCACUUUACUUUUGGUCUUGGUAGGCCUCCGCAGGUGACCUCAUCACACCGAGGUGGAACCAACUUUGGCAUUCAUAGGAAUUUUGGCUGACUCGGACUGCCUGAACACUACAACCAAAGAUUCAUCCCGUCGACACAAAAGGAACGUAGGUUUUAGAUCAGUGCGAAUGAAGAGGAAGCCAGGGAGGGAAUCUAAAGCUCACCAACACAUUGACAUGAGUAUUACACUGGAGUCCACUCAAAAUCUCCAAGAAAAGCCCAUUACCGCUGUCAGUGUUGUAAAGGACAGAACAGGUGGAUGGUUCCAGCAGGACGGCUUGAGAGACUUAAUAGGGGAAUCUUUCAAAGCACAAAGACAUAACAUGUAUUUUCAUUGCUACAUGGGUUUUGCUUUGUUAAAUUUCAUCAGAGACCUCAUUAUGUCACAAUACGUAAUACUGAACCACAUGAAGAAAGAAAAAAAUCAAGAAUACCAGUGAUGGUAACAAAAAAGAAUGAUAAAUGUUUUUUUGUUUGUUUGUUUUUUUAAAUAUGUCUGAAAAUACAGGUAUGUCAAAUACAGUCGCGCUUUUUGUGCUCUAAUGUUCGAAUCGGUUUGACGUAAACAUCAGGGCUCGAUAAAUGUGUGUUGUUUUAAAGCGUGUUUGGGGAGUGCAAUCUCAGUGUAAAGAUGGGGCGUUCAUGUACUUGUCCUUUGUGCUGCUUUCACAAAUCAAGUUUAACAGAUGUGUUUCAUUCUUACUUGACCUGUUUUGUUUUAUUAGCUAUGUUACGAAACUCAUCCGAAUCGCUGUAUUAACGCAGCUGACAAAACAAACACCGUCUCUCACUGAGAAUCGUUGAGUUGACCUUUCAUUUCUGCUAUUGCGAAAUGUCCAACAACACGCUCUAUCUGCUGUUAGCGUGGAUCUGAAUCCUCGACUGUGUCCACUUGCAGUUGUUUUCUUUAGGUGCGUAAUGAUAGCCGUCACCUUCGGACCCUGUUCGUUAAGGAACAUGCUGUCUGUAAUGAAAUCAAGUGCCUUCAGAACCUUCUGUAAAAUCAUUCUACUGUGCUACUGUAUCAUCUAUAGCAUUUCCUUUUGGCACGGUUUUUGUGCGCAUACGAGAUGAAAGGUGAAAAUCAGAGAGGCGCCAUGAGAGACGAGUGCUAUGUUGCAGCCCAUCACUGAAGUCUUGAGUUACACAUAUUGUUGAUAGAUGAUAUCUUAUUUUUAUUUCAGCAUACAUCUCACCUGCUCCACAUGCGACUGAUAUAAGGAAAACAAUGGUGUUGGGACUGGACUAAAAGCACCAUUGUUUCAUCAGUAGGACAUCUGGGAGCUAUUAUCACCAGGUGAAAAACAGCCAGGAGGGUCACUAUGAAAUCCUCCUUCGAUCUGAUGAGACUUCUGUGCCGCCGAAAAAAAAAGACAUUUUCCGAAAUCUCGAGGACUGAGAGGUAUGAAAAAAAGAGAAAAAAAAGAGAUGGACCUUUAGAGGACUGAUGCUUUCACUGUACAUGACGAUCAGCCUCGAUCUGGAUCCAUCCGUUUGGAUUCGUACAAAUGAUAUUUUAUUACUCUAAUGAAAAUGACUGCUUUUACAAAAACUGAACUACAAACUCUGAACUACCUGAGACCAUCCGUUACCUUAACCAGCUGGUUUUUGGACAUGUAUUGUAAAAUCACUUUUCUCAUUCAUAACUUUCAUUUCCGAGGAACAAUUACGUUACUCUUAUCAGUUUUGUCAGCCCAUAAGUGUUGUUUCGGACAACAAAUAUUUAUAUAUUUUUUGUCUUCAACAUUUAUUCAUUUAUGAAAUCCCUUUGCAUUACUAUAUUAUGACAUAAUUUGAAGCUAUAGUAUGAUAUUAUAAAGUAAUAUCAGAUAUAUGAGAUUAUAUGCAAAUACACCUGGUAGGGAGGUCUAUGGAAGCGGUUUCACACUUAUGAAUAUUCAGACAAAGCACAAUGUGAAAUAUUAAUGUCAAAAUUCAGAAACACGGUACCUUCAACACACAAUAAGUUGUUUUUCUCAAUUUUAUUAAAGUUACAAUCGACAGGAAUAAACUACCGAAUUCUUUACAUAAUGAAAAAAAAAGAUAUUUUACAUCUCGGUUCAA